GAAAUUAAUCAGAUGUUUUCAUUAGAAACAGGUAAUGAUGAUUCCCAUUCAUCUCCUCUCGUUGUACCGUUCCUCACACGUUUGAAGCGUCCAUGCAAAAUUGAUACGGCCCCUUUGUUUUAUCUCAAACCACCAAUUCGCAUUUUGAACGACAUGAAGUAAGUUUAGGUUUGGAUUCGUAUAGUAAAGUAUGACAUGGACAUAGUGUAAAAACGAGUCACAAUAAGUACAAUUGUGACCCAUAGGAGUAGCAUCGACAUGGAUCUUGAUGAUGUUCUGCAAUUGCUAGGUGCCCAUGGACGAUUUCAGGUUAUAGCAUGGGCCAUCAUCGCAACUGCAAACAAUUUUCCCUCUGUGAUGCAUAUGAAUAUAAUGACAUUUAUGGGAUUCGAGCCGAACCACCACUGUAAGAUACCUGAUAACAGUACGCUAAAUGAAAGUAUACCCGUCGAAUUAAAAAAUGGCCUGAUUGAAGUUGACAAGUGCCAUCGUUAUGAAACAUUUUAUUCCAACGAUACAACGAUAGGGAGUCGAUCGUUAGUUGGGUGUGAUAAUGGCUGGACAUACGAUAGGGAUCCGAUAACGUCAUCAAUUGUCACUGAGUGGAAUUUGGUGUGCAAGGACAAUUUCCUGCCUGAAAUGUCCUUAACUAUUCUGAAUGUUGGCGUGAUGGUUGGCGCUGUGUUAUUCGGAUUUCUAUCAGACAAGUAUGGCCGCAAGAAGGUGCUGUUUGGUUGCGUUGCAGCACAGGCUGUGGUGGGGGGAUUACUCUCUCUCUCCGUAAACAUCUACAUGUUCAUAUGCCUUCGGUUUAUCAUUGGAAUGCUAGAACAGGGUGUUAAUAUAACUGGGUUCAUUAUGGCGAUGGAAUUAUUUCCCCCAAAGGAGAGGGUUCCAUUUGGAAUAAUCCACGAGGUCUUCUGGGCAAUAGGGGCUGUUUUACUUGGGUUUUAUGCUUAUUUGUUCAGAGACUGGCGUCAUCUACAACUGAUCGUGUCACUUCCUGUUAUAUUAAUUCUCCCUAUGUUGUGGUUCAUUCCGGAAUCUCUUGUAUGGUUGAUAUCAAAGGGUCGUCUUCGAGAGGCUGAACGUAUCAUCCAGAAAGCCGCUAAAUGGAAUAAAGUCAAACUUCCAAUGAAUAUUUUGUCCGAAUCCAAAGGCGAUACGAUAGAAAUGCUAGGGAAGAUCAAGGAGAAAGAAAAUAUCGAGAAGGAACGAAUAUAUACAGCCAUUGAUCUAUUUAGAACACCUGUGACACGCAGAGUCACGAUAUGUCUAUCAUUUCUGUGGUUAGUUAAUAUCAUGGUUUACUAUGGGUUAUCCCUCAAUACUCCGAACUUUCAGGGAGAUAUGUACCUGAAUUACUUCAUCCUGCAGAUAAUUGAAGUCCCAGCCCUCAUCAUCACUUAUUUUCUUAUAUUCAGGAUAGGUCGUCGUUGGCCUCUAUGUGCCACGCAUGUAUUUGGAGGCGUUGCAUGUGUGAUCACCCCUUUCAUUCCAAUGGCAACUUCUUCAGGAAUAGAUAUAUCAUGGAUUAGUAUUACGAUGGCCAUGUUAGGCAAGUUUGGUAUCACUGCGUCUUUCACCAUACUUUUCAUAUACGGUCCUGAGAUAUACCCAACUGUCAUCAGAAACACUGGAUCUGGCUUUGGUUCGAUGUGGGGACGGCUGGGAGGCAUUUUGUAUCCAUAUAUCAUCUAUUUCAACAAAGUUGAACAACUUGGUGAUUUCAGGACUUAUAUGCCCAUGGUUAUUCUCGGAGUGUUGUCAAUAGUUGCAGGAUUCCUCGCUCUUCCGCUUCCAGAAACCAACAACAGACCUCUACCCGAAACCAUAAAUGACUUGGAACAUUAUGAAGAAUUUUGUAAAAUGCAUUCUAAACUAAAUAAUGAAAAUGCAAAUAUUUAAUUUAAAGAUAAUUUGGAAACAAUAAAG